CCGUUUGAAGACCGGGGAGCCCCGUAUCACCUCGUUAACACGGUUCCUAACGGGCCCUGUCGAGAGAAGGAGGAGGAGGGCAGUGCAAUGAAUGUCGCGUCUGCCAGUCUCGACGCGACUCGACAGCUGUCCCUUAAGGGCUGGGACGUUUCAAUUCGGAAGCCCCCGAGCCCUUGUCCUCCAGCCGCGGCUUCCCCCCGCCCCCGCGCGCGGUGAAGCAAUAAUCCUCGCGACCCCCUCGGUCCCGCGCCGGCAGACGGCACAGCGAGCGGUCAGGUGGGCCCGGUCCGCCGCGUGCGUGCGUGCGUGCGUGCUGCGAGACCUGGCGCGCUGUCGCCAGAGCGCCGGAAAGGGCUCGACCGGGCUUGCUCGCCCCACGCGCCAGGAUGGGCUGGUUUCCUUACGGUCGUAGGAUGGCGGCGCGCUUCGGAGAGGGGUGUCCUGCCUCAGGCAGAGGGAUGCGCUGAUCCGCGUUGUGCGGCACCAUCAUCCCUCUCCAGACCGUGCCUCAGGCAGGCGGAUGCACGAAUCGGCGUGGUUCGGAGAGGGAUGCACGAAUCGGCGUGGUGCGGCAGGAUCAUCCCUCUCCAAACCAGGCCUCGGGCAGAGGGAUGCACUAAUCCACCUUGUGUGGCAUGGUUUGGAGAGGGAUGCACUAAUCGGCAUGGUGCGGCAGGAUCAUCCCUCUCCAAACCAUGCCUCAGACUUCAGAAGGAUGCACUGUAAUCGGCAUGGUGCGGCAUGGUUUGCAAAGCAAUGCACUAUAAUCGGCAUGGUUUGCAGAGGGAUGCACUAAUCGGCAUGGUGCGGCAUGGUUUGCAAAGGGAUGUGCUAAUCGGCAUUGUGCGUCAUGGUUUGGAGAGGGAUGCACUAAUCGGCAUGAUGCGGCAGGAUCAUCCCUCUCCAAACCAUGCCUCAGACUUCAGAAGGAUGCACUGUAAUCGGCAUGGUGCGGUGUGGUUUGCAAAGCAAUGCACUAUAAUCGGCAUGGUUUGCAGAGGGAUGCACUAAUCAGCAUGGUGCGGCAUGGUUUGCAAAGCAGUGCACUAUAAUCGGCAUUGUGCGGCAUGGUUUGGAGAGGGUUGCACUAAUCGGCAUGAUGUGGCAGGAUCAUCCCUCUCCAAACCAUGCCUCAGACUUCAGAAGGAUGCACUGUAAUCGGCAUGGUGCGGCGUGGUUUGCAGAGGGUUGCACUAAUCGGCAUGGUUCAGAGAGGGCUGUGCUAAUCGGCAUGGUUUACAGAAGCAUUCAUAGAUGUUAGGGGUGAAAGGGACCUUGGAAGAUCAUCGGGUCCAGCCCCUUGCACCCAGUAGGAGAGAGGACUGAGGGUGAGGUGACCGUCCAGUCUCCUCUGGAAGAUUUCCAGAGUAGUUGAUUGCACCCCGUCUGGAGGGAGCUUAUUCCACAGACUGAAGGAUGACCCUCCCUGGGGCAGGGGGUCAGACAGGAUGACCUCGGGAGGUCCUGUCUGGCCCCACUUCUCUCUAUUAAGAUUUCUCCAGAGCAGCGAGACCAUGCUGCGGUGGGUUGCAGAUGACAGCGCACAUCUUCCUACUUUUAGUUUCCUGAAGCAGCCAACAGAAAUGUUGCAAAACUUUAGCAAUUAAAUUGUUGCCAAGUGAUGUGUGCAAACAAGCCCUACCCUUAAAAUGCAGUCCUAAAAGGAGGAGAAACAUUGGCUCGUCUCAGCUGGAGUUGGUAGUCCCAGCGUGCCGACUGAGCCACAGAGCUGGCAGCUCUACACCAUCAUACUGACCACCCAGACACGCCAUUGGGUGCUUCUAUUCCAAUUCCUGCAAGAUGCCAGCAGCACUUGCAGAGAACAGCCAGGUUAUCUGUGAAGUAUGGGCAAACAAUCUGGAAGAAGAGAUGAGGAAAAUUCGAGAAAUUGUUCUCAGUUACAGAUACAUCGCCAUGGACACAGAGUUUCCAGGAGUUGUGGUGAGGCCAAUUGGUGAAUUUCGGAGCUCCAUCGACUACCAGUAUCAGCUCCUCCGGUGUAACGUAGACCUCCUGAAAAUUAUCCAGCUGGGCUUAACCUUCACGAAUGAGAAAGGAGAGUAUCCUUCUGGGAUCAACACCUGGCAGUUCAAUUUCAAAUUCAAUCUAACGGAGGACAUGUACUCACAGGAUUCCAUAGAUCUCCUGGCAAAUUCUGGGCUGCAGUUCCAGAAACAUGAGGAGGAAGGGAUCGAUACCCUGCACUUCGCAGAGCUGCUCAUGACCUCAGGGGUGGUCCUCAGCGACAAUGUUAAAUGGCUCUCGUUUCACAGUGGCUACGAUUUUGGCUACAUGGUGAAAUUGCUGACAGACUCCAGACUCCCUGAGGAGGAACAUGAAUUCUUUCAUAUUUUGAACCUUUUCUUCCCAUCCAUCUAUGAUGUCAAGUACUUAAUGAAGAGCUGUAAAAACCUUAAGGGAGGUCUUCAAGAAGUUGCAGAUCAGCUGGAUUUGCAACGAAUUGGACGACAGCAUCAGGCAGGAUCGGACUCGCUGCUCACGGGAAUGGCCUUCUUCAGGAUGAAAGAGUUGUUCUUUGAGGAUUCAAUUGAUGAUGCAAAGUACUGUGGCCGGCUGUACGGCCUUGGCACAGGAGUGGCACAGAAGCAAAGUGAGGACGUGGAGUCGGCUCAAGAGAAGAUGAGCAUUCUCGCCAUUAUCAACAACAUGCAGCAGUGAGAAAUGGAGACCCGUCAGCAGGACAUGGUCCCAGAACAGCAACUGCUGUCAGAAACUUUUCCAAUUCUGUCAAACAAAAGGCAUCUACCGCAUGCAUUUGGCAGAAAGACUAGAGUUUUGAUGAAGGGGGAAAAAAAGCAUCUUCAUUUCAAACCUAAAAGGGAGUUCUGAAUUCAUAACAAUACCAGCAUUGGUGGUUUGCCAUCUUUUUAAUACCAAGGGCAGGAGAGAGAAUCUAAAUGUGUAUACCUCCUCUUUUUUCUUUCCUUUUUUUUUUUUUAAAAUACCGAAUCUGCAAGGAAGACUUAAAUGGAGAACAUUCAGCAGAGCUGAAGUUCUGAAAUGCCAGUGAAAUUGGACACAGCAACCUUGCAGGGCCCUUUAGGAAGCUUAUUUUAAAAUUUCUUGUGCAUGCUGUGAGGUGAUGUCUGCUCCUCAUCUUUUGCUCACUUUUAUCCCUCUGUGUCAUUUAUGUAAUGACCCUCUCAUUCACGGCAGAGCAUGGGGAACAAAGCAAAGCACCUUCUCUGCAGCAGGUGUUCAGCUCGAGCUGUCUUGCCUCCGGCCAGGAUGGCUGCAGGAUGGGUGUUUUGAACAGCUGUGCUGUACAGGGUCCCUUGGGACUGUUGUGCAAUACAAGUGUGUUACACCACUGAGCCUCGUUUUAAUUCUCAUAGUUAUGAACAGAAUAAACUGCUGCGUAGAUGAACCAGCCUGGAAGCUUGCUGCCUUCUAGAGAUUUUGUAACAGGAAUUUGGACCAAAACAGUUUCAGCCACCCAGUUUCACUUGAUGAUGUAGAAGAUCUUGUUCAUCUCACUUCAGUAUGUAGGAGUAGUUUACUAGGCAAAUAAUUAUAUUUACUUUCAUAUUGGAGUGAUGUUUAAACAGGCCUCAAAGCCACUGCGUCUCCCUUUGUAAAGAUUUGAGGAGUAUCCUAAAGAGUGGAGAUUGAAGGCUCAGGAGUCCGAUUUUUGACUAGAGGUUCUAAUAAUACACAUUAUUUUUGAACAGCUCUGAAUAUGUUUCUAUAAGAAAAAAACCUCUUUUGAACAGCAAAUUAAACCUCUCAUUUUAAGUCUUGCAUUUUAACAAGCUUAAAUGAUUCUUGAUUGAUGUUAAACUGGUAAUUAAAAUGCUUGUAAAUACUAUGUUUUUAAUUUUGUAAAAUAAAGGUUUUGGUUUUUUUUUUA